AAGGUGCGCAGAGCAUGCGAGGCCGCACGCGCGGACGGGUACGACCUCCUGUGGAUCGACUCGUGCUGCAUAGACAAGACGAGCAGCGCCGAGCUCUCCGAGUCCAUCAACUCGAUGUACAUCUGGUACGGCGCGGCCCACGUCUGCCAUGUCUUCCUCGCCGACGUCCCGCGCGGCGACGACACGGACGCGAAGGCGUCCCUGUUCCGCACGAGCAGGUGGUUCACGCGCGGGUGGACGCUGCAGGAGCUGCUCGCGCCCGAGGACGUCCGGUUCCUCGCGCAAGAUUGGUCGUUCAUCGGCUCGAAGGCGGGGCUGGCGGUGGUGCUGGAGGAGCGGACGGGGAUCGAGCUCGAGGUGCUGCUGCACAAGCGGUCGCUGCACGACGUGAGCGUCGCGAAGCGCAUGUCGUGGGCGGCGGACCGGGAGACGACGCGCGUCGAAGACCGCGCGUACUCGCUCCUGGGCAUCUUCGACAUCAACAUGCCCGCGCUGUACGGGGAGGGCGAGCGCGCAUUCCGGCGGCUGCAGGUGGAGAUCCUGCUGCGCAUCCCCGACCAGAGCCUCUUCGCGUGGACGGCGCAGCCGAGGAUCGACUACGUAGGG